AUGGCUAAGAAAUCGUUGUCGGAACAGUUAGCACUGUUGACUCAGCCUCAGAAUGACUUCGACAUAGAAGACAGUGGUCUCAAGGACAAUGUCUUCGAGCACGAAGACGACGAGGGCUCUGCCUCCGAGGAAGACGACACGAUGAAGAAACAACACUACGUUAAUGUGCCCAGAUCCAAGUUGAGACAACAAGUAGGUGUUGCCUUGGGAAAGAAAUACAGCGGUAGUGUCACCAGCAGAGAUGACUUAUAUGCAUCUGACGAAAAUAAGGAUGCUGAAGACCUCGAGGAUGAGGAGGCCGAGGAAAGUGACUCCGGGGCCUCUUUGAGAGCCAAUUCUGAUGAAGAAUCGGGAUCUGAUGAUGAGGAUGACUCCGGUGUUGACCAAAGAAACGCCGAAUUGGAGCACAAGAGAUCUAGAGUUAAGGAGUUGAUGGCCAAAGAAAGAACUCAUAUUGUGAGUAGACUUUCAAAUUCUGCCACCAAUGAUUCAUUAAAAGGUUUUGCAAUCUCCCAACAACACAAGUUCUUCGACAAAGUUAUAGAUAGUCGUUUGAAGAUCCAGAAGUCAUUGACUAAUUCUAACCUUUUACCUCCAAGUCAUGAUACCUUAGUAUCGCAGAAAUUAGGAACCAAGAAGACAGCCAAGAAUUUGCAAAAAGCAAAGGAAGAAUGUUACAACUUGCUUGAUUCCAUAUUUGCAUUGAGAAACGCUUUGUUCAAGAAAGAUCAAGUUUCUGAUAAGGUUUUUGGUGCUUCUAAAAAGAGAUCCUACCAUGAAUAUUCGUCCGUUACUGCCAAAAUGGACUCUGCAUUAGACAAGUACCGUUCGAAUGUGUUGACCAAAUGGUCGGCAAAGGUUCAAAACUCUUCUGGGGCUACUGCUAUAAAUGCUGGUAAAUUUAAAGCCAUUAACCAAUCUUUCGAACAACAAGUGAUGAACAACUUGACAGACAUGGAUAGACUUGUCAAGAGAACCAAACUUAAUAGACGUCAAAUCAAACCUCUUGGCUAUGAUCACUAUAAAUCUCAAUUUGAAAAGGAGGAGGACGAUGAAGAAGACGAAGAAGAUGAAAACCCAGACAUUCCAAAGGAAACCAACACUGCAAAGUCAAACAUUGCUGAAAUCGAUGAGAUUUUCGAUGAUGAAGAUUUCUACCGUGUAUUGCUCAAUGAUUUGGUUGAUAAGAAGAUCCAGUCCAGCAAUCCAACCACCGGUUUGACUGUCAGUUUAAGAAGUGCUCAACAGGCUCAAAAGUUCAAAAAGAACGUUGACACCAAGGCAUCCAAGGGCCGUAAGUUAAGAUAUCAUAUACAGGAACCAAUUGCCAAUUUUGAGGCUCCCAGAGGUUCUUUGAAGUGGGAUGACAAUCAAAUUGACGAGUUCUUUGCAUCUUUGUUGGGCCAGAAGGUGAAUAUGAAUGAAGACGAUGAAGUCGAAGAAGACGACGAAGAAGAGGAAGUACGUGUUGAGGGUGAUUCAAUCAAGUUAUUUGGAUAG